GUGACCCUGUCAACUGGGACAGCUGCAUGUCCAGCAUUUUCAAAAUCAUUUAAAUUACAACUGAAUUGACGAUGAAAAUCUAAAAUCAUUUCAUGCUCAGCGCCCGCAUACACCAGCAGACUCUGCCCGGCCCGCGGUUGGCUGGGGUCUGGAAUGUCCCUUCUAGAAGGCUCAGGACAGCGCAGGCGCAGCGGCUGGCCACGUGGGCCGUGCGAGACACCCCCCCGCUCCCCGGCUACGUCCUCCCCGCCGGAAGCUGCCACAGGGGCCAGCACUCAGCGGCUGGACACCGGAAGUCUCCACAGGGACCAGCACCGGAAGCCGGCAAACGCGGAGAGCACGCCGGGAGAGAGCCCUAACCCUGCCCUCUGCUAGCCCCUUCUCCCGGGGUCGGCUUUGCUGAGACGGCCUUACGUCACUUCCUCGGCGACUGUGCGCAGGCCCGCCCCCGACGCGGCCGUAACCCAGGGCAACCGCCCCGCUCUCCCCGCUGGCGAGGACCAGCGGCUCCAGGCCUUCCUUCCCCACGGACCCCUUCUGAGCGUCUGAGCGGCCACGGCCGCGUCCUCGCGUCGGGAAGUUCCUGGGACACUGCGCGGGCGGAAGAGAGCUCACGGCGGGGAAGCGAGCGGAGAGGAGGGAAUGUCCACUGCCAUUCUUUCAGUUUGGAAAACAUCCUGAUCUGCUUGGAGAACAUCAGUGUUCUGAGGAGGAAGAUGUUAGAAACUGUCAGCAUCCACCCUGGUAAUGGAUCUCUGUCAGAAAAAUGAGACUGAUAUAGAAAAUAAUGAAAGUAAGAAAAUUCAAGGCACAGAAGAAACUGAACUAACUUUAACUUGUCUGGAUAAGAGAAGCGAAAAGAAUCAUGUUUGUUGUCUUCUCAGAGUCAGUGACCUCACACUGGAAGAAGACAAAGGAGCCAGCGAGUUUACAAUUGGCACUGGGUGGGAGGAAGCUGUCCACGGCUGGGGAAGGACUUCUGCAACUGCCUGCAUCUGGUCAAGGAAGAAAGUGAAACUGGGGAGGCUGGGGGAUGGCACCUGCCACGGCAGCUGCUGCUGCUUGGUCUGUGUCAGCCUCGCCCAGGGGAGUCUGGAGGCCCAGUUCCUCUCAGAGGUUGGCAAAUCCGACGUGGGAGCUGCAGCUGAAAUGGGCCCCAAGAGGUGGAGUGGCCCCUCCCAGGCCCCCAGCACUGCUUCCAGGGACCCUCACAAGCUCUGCUUUCCCACCUGUGUGCAUGGAGGAAAAGAAAGUCUGCAAAUCAAGGAGUUUAUCUGGUGCAUGGAAGACUGGGGCGUCCCUGAGACAGUUAAUGGCAAGGCCCCUGGGAACCCCAGCAGAGGUACAGACAGAAGGCUCCUCACCUUGGGCUCAAUGACCUCCAAGGCCCUCGUAGUUCUGCCCCCCCUAAAAACCUCUCCCCCAAACAACCUGGAGGUUCUGGACAAGAAGAGCAAGAACGUUGUUUGGUGGUCAGAACAAAAGGUGCCGAGGGCAGAGGAGUGUGCGGCUUGUGCGGAUGGAUCGAAAAUAGUUGACACAGUUGGUGGGAAAGGGGAAAAGAGGCCCUUCGAGCUGGCCAGCCACCUGAAGGCCACCGACAUGCUACCUCUGUCUUCCCCUGCAGUCCGGACCCCUCUGCUGGCCGAGUCUCAGAAGUGCUGCCUGCACUGGUCUCUCCUUCCUAAGAAAAACUCUGUGUGUCCACCCAACCCGGUCAGCACCCACUGCCUUGCUGCCUUGCAGCUUUUCAGGAACGGGAUACAAAACUGCAGAGCCUCAAAGUUGAAAGCCAGGGAACCAAAACCUCCCAGGAACGCUCACUAGCACAUUCUCACAGAAGCCAACAGGCCCCAGACAGUAGAGAAUAAAAUGUUCCCUAAACCGCUCUUGCCAUCUCUCACAGUGAGCCGGGUUGUCAUCCCCAUCUCUACUCACAGAUUCUUCUAGUUGGUCACAAUAUAGUUUCCUGGGAACAGGUGCUGCCUGAAACUUGUCCGUUUUUUGCCUCCCACGCCUCCCAUUUUUCUCCAUUCCUUCCUUCCUUCUUUUCCCUUCUCUGUUCCCAUUUUUUUUUUUUUUUUAAAUAGCAGAACCAGGGGAAAUUGAACAUCCUUGGAUGGGUUUGAAUUUAUUCUCAAAAAACACCAUAUUGGGUGACUGUGUGGACACACACGUUGGAAGGUCGCCUGUGCUGCUCCCAUGCCGGCCUUAGCCAUGUGGCAGGCCUUCUUUCUGUUCUACAGUAGUGCUUUAACUUAGUACACUGGGUUGGCUUGAGGAAGUGAGUGCUUUAAGCUUAGUACACUGGGUUGGCUUGAGUGCUUUAAGCUUAGCACACUGGGUUGGCCUGAGGAGGUGGCUGCCUGAUCUUUUUUGAACCUCAGUUCCUUCUGCCUCAUUUUUUCCUCCCAUCAAAAAAGACCUGAAAUAUUUAAUUGAAAACUUCAGCUCUGUCUAAGUAGAUAUGCCAGGGUCCAAGGUGUUAUACCAUUGUAUUCUGCUCAAGGACAUACAAUGUCCUUUGUCUCCUCCCUGUCCAGCAUGUCACAUCCUUGAGUCACAUCUACCGCUCUCCAUGGUCCUGAGUAUCCAAGGGGCAGAGCCUCAUACUGCAGUGUUGGGUGAAUCUCUGUCCAGAAGUCCUGGCACAGUUUAAUAAAAUCCAGCCUGAGAAGCCGGUUAGGACUGCUUAGCCAUGGGGAGAAGUCACUGAAUACUGUAACCUGACAACGGCCUCCUGCAGCCUUAUCUGUCAUCUAAAAUACUUGGGAACUCUCGACCCUAGAUACUUAGGGAAUGAAGCUCUUCCCUUCCCCCGUCUUCCCUCUGCCCUCAUUUUCAUCAGUGCAUAGUCCUGAAGUUGUAUAUUAACUAGAUGGAAAUGAGUCUUAGGUUUAAUUCUGAGUGAUGUUGCUUGUGGACAGACGCUCUAACCAUUUUGUAAUAUCAAUAAUCAUUAAACUCCUUUGUAAUUACCUAGUUUGAAUUGCUUAGGGGUAGGCUGUGCUUGGGCUUGAGAUUUUCCAUUCCCUACAUGGUGACAGAAUGUGAGUGCAUGUGUAGACAUCUGCUUUACAGAAUUGGUCUCCAUAAUACUGUAUCAGCGAGCCUAGGUGUUUGGUUUGGAUUUUUUCAUUGAUUUUUUAUUUGUUUUUGGUUUCAUCUAGCUCAUACUGUUUUUGAGGCUGGCUUUGAACUGAUCUUCCU